AUGGGACUCCGGGAAGCGAGUUCUUUCGUGGUCGGUGCGCACCGACUACAUUUCUCCCUUAUUCAGCAGUUGAUCAACGUCCUUCCCUGGGAGCAGCUCGGGGCUAUUGAAGAGGAAGGAGGCGAUCCAGAUAAUAUUGAAUUAACUGUUUCAACUGAUACUCCAAACAAGAAGCCAACCAAAGGCAAAGGUAGAAAACAAGAAGCAGAUGAGUCGGGUGGAGACGCUUCUGUGGAAGAUGAAGUCAAGGAAUGUGAAUUGGAGAGUCAAGAGGCACAUGAACAGGAUGGAAAUGACGAAUUAAAGGACUCUGAAGAAUUUGGAGAAAAUGAAGAAGAAAGUGUGCAUUCCAAGGAGUUACUUUCUGCAGAAGAAAACAAGAUUACUCAAGAAUUAAUAGAGGCAGAAGCAAUAGAAGACAUAGAAAAAGAGGACAUCGAAAGUCAGGAAAUUGGAGCUCAAGAAGGUGAAGAUGAUACCUUUCUAACAGCUCAAGAUGGUGAGGAAGAAGAAAAUGAGAAAGAUAUAGCAGGUUCUGGUGAUGGUACACAAGAAGUAUCUAAACCUCUUCCUUCAGAAGGGAACCUAGCUGAGGCUGAUCACACAGCUCACGAAGAGAUGGAAGCUAAUGCGACAGUGAAAGAAGCUGAGGAUGACAACAUCUCGGUCACAAUCCAGGCUGAAGAUGCCAUUACUCUGGAUUUUGAUGGUGAUGACCUCCUAGAAACAGGUAAAAAUGUGAAAAUUACAGAUUCUGAAGCAAGUAAGCCAAAAGAUGGGCAGGACGCCAUUGCACAGAGCCCGGCGAAGGAAAACAAGGAUUAUGAGAUGAAUGCCAACCAUAAAGAUGGUAAGAAGGAAGACUGCGUGAAGGGUGAUCCUGUCGAGAAGGAAGCCAGAGAAAGUUCUAAGAAAGCAGAAUCUGGAGACAAAGAAAAGGAUACUUUGAAGAAAGGGCCCUCGUCUACUGGGGCCUCUGGUCAAGCAAAGAGCUCUUCAAAGGAAUCUAAAGACAGCAAGACGUCAUCCAAAGACGACAAAGGAAGUGCAAGUAGUACUAGUGGUAGCGGUGGAAGCUCAACUAAAAAUAUCUGGGUUAGUGGACUUUCUUCUAAUACCAAAGCUGCUGAUUUGAAGAACCUCUUUGGCAAAUAUGGAAAGGUCCUGAGUGCAAAGGUAGUUACAAAUGCUCGGAGUCCUGGGGCUAAAUGCUAUGGCAUUGUAACUAUGUCUUCAAGUACGGAAGUAUCCAGAUGUAUUGCACACCUUCAUCGUACUGAAUUACAUGGGCAGAUGAUUUCUGUUGAAAAGGUGAAAGGUGAUCCUUCUAAGAAAGAAUUAAAGAAAGAAAAUGAUGAGAAGAGUAGUUCACGAAGUUCUGGGGAUAAAACAAAUACAAGUGAUAGAAGUAGCAAGACACAAACCUCUGUCAAAAAAGAAGAUAAAAGGUCAUCUGAGAAAUCUGAAAAAAAAGAAAGCAAGGAUGCUAAGAAAAUAGAAAGUAAAGACGAGAAGAAUGAUAAUGGAUCAAGUGGCCAAACUUCAGAAUCAACUAAAAAAAGUGAAGAAAAGAAGCGAAUAAGUUCAAAGAGUCCAGGGCAUAUGGUAAUAUUAGACCAAACUAAAGGAGAUCAUUCUAGGUCAUCAAGAAGAGGAAGACAUGAGAAAAUUCAUGGUAGGAGCAAGGAAAAGGAGAGAGCUUGUCUAGAUAAGAAAAGGGACAAAGACUACAGACGAAAGGAGAUCUUGCCUUUUGAGAAAAUGAAAGAACAGCGACUACGAGAACAUUUAGUUCGUUUUGAAAGAAUACGGCGAGCAAUGGAACUUCGAAGACGAAGAGAGAUUGCAGAAAGAGAGCGUCGAGAGCGAGAACGCAUUAGAAUAAUUCGUGAACGGGAAGAACGGGAUCGCUUACAGAGGGAGAGAGAGCGCCUAGAAAUUGAAAGGCAAAAACUAGAGAGAGAGAGAAUGGAACGCGAACGCUUGGAAAGGGAACGCAUUCGUAUUGAACAGGAACGCCGCAAAGAAGCUGAGCGCAUUGCUCGGGAACGAGAGGAACUCAGACGACAACAGCAGCAGCUUCGUUAUGAACAAGAAAAAAGGAAUUCUUUGAAACGCCCCCGGGAUGUCGAUCAUAGGCGUGAUGACCCUUACUGGAACGAGAAUAAAAAGCUGUCUCUAGAUGCAGAUGCACGAUUUGGCCAUGGGUCUGACUACUCUCGCCAACAGAACAGAUUUAAUGAUUUUGAUCACCGAGAGAGAGGCAGGUUUCCUGAGAGUUCAGCAGUACAGUCUUCAUCUUUUGAAAGGCGGGAACGCUUUGUUGGCCAAGGUGAAGGGAAAAAGCGCCCUACCGCACGGAGAGAAGACCCAGGUUAUGAAAGGUAUCCCCCAAAUUUCAGUGACUCUAGAAGAAACGAGCCUCCACCCCGAAAUGAACUUAGAGAAGCAGACCGGCGAGAAGUGCGAGGGGAACGAGACGAGAGGAGGACAGUCAUCCUCCACGACAGGCCUGAGAUCGCUCACCCGCGGCAUCCCCGGGAGGGAGGGCCCAACCCGUCCAGACCAACGUCCUGGAAGAGUGAAGGGGGCCUGGCCAGUGACAAACGGGAAACAAGAGUUGAAAGGCCAGAGCGAUCUGGGAGAGAAGUGUCCGGACACAGCGUGCGAGGCGCCCCUCCCGGGAACCGCAGUGCUGCCACCGGCUAUGGUAGCCGCGAAGGAGACAGAGGCGUAAUCGCAGACAGAGGAAGUGGUGCACAGCAUUAUCCUGAACAACGACAUGUGGUUGAAAGCCAUGGUCGGGAUACAAGUGGACCAAGGAAAGUGUGGCAUGGUCCACCUUCUCAAGCGCCAGGAUAUGAAACGCGGCGAAUUGCUGAUGGGCGGGCCGGAUCAGGCAUGAUGAACCAGCAUGCGAGCAACGCAUCCCCAAUUAAAAGAGUUGUACCAAUCAGUGGCAAUUCCAUGCCAAGAGGAAGCGGCUCUGGGUUUAAGCCAUUUAAGAGCGGACCUCCGCGACGAUUCUGAAGAUCCGCCUCUGCCGUGGUUUCAAGAUAAUUUAUUGGAAUCUCCUGUAGACGUCUCCUCGCCUCCUUCAUGAAGAGGACCUCUGACUGGCUUGAGAGUUCUGUCAGACUCACUUUCUUUUUAUUUCCUUUUCCCUCCCUUUAAAAGAAAUUUAACAUGAUUGCUUUUCUCAAUUUUGGAGAAGAUGUUUAAGUAGUUCUGUUGUAACUUUUAAUAGUUUUGUGUAUCAUUCGAUUUUUUUUCUUUCAGCACCAAGCACAUUUGCAAAGAUUGGUGUUGAAACCAUCUUGUUUGAUGGUGUGUGGAUGUAAAGAGUAAUUCGCAUCUGUGUGGUAGUGAUUUCAUUUACAGCACGAGCGCUGUGGUGUCAGGCUCUAGGGUUCCCUCUUGUCACCAAGCAUUUUCAGCCUCCGUUUUGAAGGCUGUCUGCGCUUAAAAGUCUGCUGUCUAAUUUCUAGAGAAUAAGACUGUUCCUUGCAUUUCUGAGUAUUACGUAACCUAUUUUUGCAGAGGGUACUGAUACAUUAAGUGCAUCUGUGUAUCCUGGUUAAAAAAAUGUACUCUUUUUUGAAAUAAACCUUCAUAUUCUGUAUAGUUGCUAAAGUGUGGAGAACCUUUUUAAUUGUAAAAUGAGAACCAAUUUUUAGCUUAGUGUAGCAACACACUUGUUCAGGUGUGCAUGGUCUGAAACCAGAGAGGUUAACGAUCAUGAGGCCGCGGCCCUGAGGUUCGCAUCACUCAGUUCUUAGACUGAGCUGUGCAGGUAAGUGCACUUUCUGCUCAUCUCUUCUGUUCAAUGAUAAAGUCUCUUCCUGGGAAUUGAGUGGGUACUGAUGUUUUUUUCCCUUCACAACUGUGUUGAGAAGUGGAAAACAAACAGACAAACCCCAGGUUCGAGGUUUGUAAAUACUUGUAUGAGGGAAGGCAUUCUUGUGUCUGUGAGAAUAAAAAUCCACUCUUGGA